CAUGAGUGGGUCCUUUUAGUAUUCAACUGGCUUAGGAAUCUACCAUGAGGUACCUUCUAUCAGCACUGCUGCGACUGAGGUGUUAUUCAACUCGAUACAAUAUACAGACUUUUUAUAAUUACAACUCUUACAACACAAGGAGGUUUUUCAGCACCAACAUCGCAAAACAAAAUGGAGACAGUGUCACUUUUGUCUUCAUCAAUGCUGACGACUGUGAAAUAGAAGCCACUGUACCAGUUGGUACUACUAUACUCGAAGCUGCGCAUCAGUAUAACGUUGAAUUAGAAGGUGCGUGUGAUGGCUGCAUGGCGUGCUCUACUUGCCAUGUUAUAUUUGACCAGGAAACCUAUGACGCGCUUCCGGAGCCAGAAGAAGAAGAGCUUGACAUGUUAGAUCUUGCCCCGUGUCUAACUAAUACAUCCAGGUUGGGAUGUCAGAUAAAGCUAUGCCCCUCUCACGAAGGCAUACGUGUUCGUCUACCUAAGAUAACUAGAAACUUUUACGUGGAUGGGCACGUUCCAGCGCCUCAUUGACCAUGAUGACUGUUGCUUAUAG